AUGGAUGGAUGGAAAGAAAGACGAGGAUCAGGACAAGAGCACAUGUCAGCAAAACGUGGCGUGGUAGACCGUACAAUUGCAUACGGUGCGACGGCCAGGAGCGAUCCGGAGUCGGACUCAUCCCUGAGCGCAGAGGGCGAAGAUGCAGUGGUAACGAAGGAUCAUGGCAGUGGCAAGGUGCGGAAGAACAUUUCGUUGAGGAAGAUGAAAGGCAAGAUCAAAGACCUCCGGUCUUUGAUCAGCCGCUACCAGGAGAACGAGACAUUGCUGGUGUCUAGUACCAAUGUAAUGUCGGGUGAGAUCAUGGACUAUGAAAUUCGGCUAGCGGGCUUAUAUGGGAAAAUGAAGAGUAUCAUGGACGAGAACUACGUGCUGAAGGAGACCCGAGAGAACCAUGCCGCAGUGGAAAGGCAACCUGCCACACCGUCCUCAACCGAUAAAGAACACGGCCUCGAGGAGCGUGCUUUGCUGGUUGAGCUGAAGAGAGAGGUCUCCGCAAAGCUAAAGGACUGCAAAAGCAUCCAAAACACAGUGAAUGCCAAACUGGAUGAGAUUCACGAGUUCUAUGAGAAAUACUACGGGGAGUUCGAACUAAAGUUUGCUGAUGGGGGGUUCCAGAAAGGACUGGCGGAAGAACUGGGCAAUGUAAAGCUAGAAUUGAAGAACGUGAGGAAAAAUUCGCAGAUCAAAGUGAACAACCUGCAAAUACAGCUGAUCGAGGCAAACAAGUCCCUGAACCUCUUGAAAAAAGACAUCAAAGUGAAGGAUGACUGCCUGAACUGCAUCCCCGACCUUGUGAACAAAACCAACAACGCGAUUUUAUCAUACAAGAAGAGUAUCGCCAAUCAAAAGGAAACCAUUGAAGCCUUACAGAACGAGUUGUCGCGACAGCUGGAAACGCAAGGACAAAUGGCAGCGGAGUUGCACGCGCAAACACCCACCAAUGUGAGUCUAAUAGAUCCCUUUGAUGAAGUCGAGCCCACCAUGRAUACUAAAACCAAAGAGCUGUUAGCCACUCAGGAAAAGGAACUUCAAGAACUAAGGUUGCUAAAAAACGUAAACGACCAGAAACACCGCACCGCUCAGUUGCAUAUAGAAAAACAGAAUAACGCCAUUAAGCUGCUGAAGAACCAUUUACAGUCAUUGAUCCAGGGACGGCAGCCACCACAGCCGCAUUUCUAUCCGUUCCCGGUGGAACAUAACAUUCAGCAAGUACGUAAUUGGAAAGCUCCCAAGCUGAUUCGCGGUACGCCAAAUGAAUCAACAAAGCCCCCUUUGCUCCUGCCACAGCACUCAAAACACCAGGACAGCAACGCAGUCGCCGUCGAAACCAUCACUGGCACAAAGGGUAGCGGUGCCCAACUGCUCCUAACGGCGCCGCCCAACAAACAGUCGCGGCCUAAAGACAAGCUUCGAAUCGGCUUCAAUUUCAACCAGUUCCCAAGGCCACAAGAAUUUUGGCGGCAACAACCACAGAUCCUAAACCAAAAUUCUCCGAGAUUAUCGUUGCCAACAACUCCAAACGACGAACUCCAAGAAAACACAAAGAAAGAGAGUCUGGCAAAAGUAACGACGGUUGAAUCUACCACACCGAACACAACGGCUUCUGAUACUACCAAGGUAUUCAACUUGACAGAUCCAACCCCGCCUUCCAAAACUACGUAA